ACCGACGCCUGUGAGUUGACAGAGCGACAGGAAAGCAAAAUGGCCGAUGAAGAUGUUACGCUGGAUGGUAAAUCGCUUCAAUCGCUCCGUGUGGCGGAUUUAAAAGCCGCUUUGGAGCACCGACACCUCCCUAAAAGCGGGGCGAAAAAUGCGCUCAUUAAGCGACUGAAAGGGGCUCUGAUGUUGGAAAAUGUUAAGAAGACUUCCACUUCCCACAUUGGGCUCCAGCCCAACUCCCAGAUUGGGGAGGAGAUGAGCCAGAACAGCUUCAUAAAGCAGUACCUGGCUCAGCAGCAGGAGCUCCUCCGCCAGAGGCUGGAGAGAGAGGCCCGGGAGGCGGCAGAGGCCGAUGCAGGGGAAACAGGCCCGGAGGAGGAGGAGGAGGACGACGAUGACGACGACGACGACGACACAGAGCAGGACAAUGACAGUGCUUCCUACCACCCUGACAAGCAUCGCCCCAUACCCUCCCAGCCCCCACUGACCCGGGCCGAGGAAGAGGAAGGAGGUGGACCAAUGAUGAUGGGGCAAGGAAUGAUGUCUCAGGGUAUGGGCAAAGGGAUGAUGUCUCGCAGACCACACUUUGGCCCAGGCUCCGUGCCCCAGGAAUCCCCUGACGCCCCUGGAUCCUGGAUGCAGCAGCGUCUCUCACUCCACACUGGCCCCCGCCAUGAGGAGCCCACCACCCCCUCACCGCCCCGCGCUGUGGCCUCGCUGUCUGUGCGUGUCCUGGGGGACCCUGAGCGCCAGGGCCUGCCACCCUCCAUGCCCCCCCGCGUCCAGGCCCAGGAUAAUGAAGGCACCGCCCCGGCGGAUGACGACCGACCCGCCCACUAUGUGCUCCACCUCAGCCGCUCCGCUCGGGCAGCAGCCAGCGCCGGGGGUAACCGUGUCCAGGAAGACAGCGAUGAUGAUGAAGAUGACAGCAGUGAGGAGGACGAAGAUGAGUGGGGACCUGCGGCAGGGGCAAGGAGAGGGGUCGGAGGCGGAGGAAGAGGAGGACGUUCCCCUCCCCCUCGGCCCCAGCAGCCUUCCCCCAGCGUCCCAGUGGGCCGAGAGAGAUCCAGACGCAAGCUCCAGCCUCCGCAACACAUCCCCCCUCAGCAGGUAGUACACCAGCCCCCGAUGCAGCUCCGCCAGCCCACCCCGCCCCCCUCUCCACCCCCAGAGCUCUCCUUUCCCCUCCCCGACACCCCCAAGCAGAGCCCGCCCGACAUGGAUGAGGAGCCAGAAGGAGCAGGGGCUGGGGUAGCCGUCCGCUCCCCUCCAGGUGGCCUCCAGAGGCAGGACUCCGACUCCAGCUCCCGCUCCAGCAGCCCAGAGCCCCUGGCCCCGCGGCCCGGACCCCUCUCCCUGCUCGCCCGCAAGAUGGCUUCCGAGGGAGCGUUCGGGAAGAGAGGUGAGGGUGCCUCAGACGGCCAGACAGGUCCUGGUGGGGAGUCGUCCGGACCAGGAGAUGGCGGUAGCAGCGUCCCAGAAGCAGGACCGGAGGUUGGGGUAGUCCUGUUCCCUGGGGCUGCUAUCACCCACAUCGGAGGCAGCAGCGCAGCGCACUCCGGAACUGUCCCUGUACCUGAUGUCCCUGCACCAGUGUCUAUGUUUGGAUCAGGAGCCCAGUUCCAUCCUCUCUCUCUGGUGUCUGGAGCAGCUGUCCCCAGCAUCACCCUCACCGCGGAGCCCCAGGGUCCAUCUGGAGAGACGGCACAGAAGAGGACUGAGAAAGAAAAGAAGCAGGUGGAGGAAAGGGAGAUGAAGCAAGUGGAGAAGGAGAAACAGGAAGAGAGUGAGAGUUGCCUGCCGCCAUGGAAGCACGGACGUGAUGUGACGUCUGUGUCCUCGCAGUUUGGGUCUGGGGGGUCAGAGGUGCCUGCGGUGCACCAGGUGGACAGCCCGAAGAAGUCACCCUUCGACAGGGACGAACCCCUCUCCUCCCCUCCCGGCUCAACCACCUGCCUGCCUGAUCUCGCCCCCAAGAAGCCCCGCAUGUUCUCCGACACCUCAUCCGGCUCCAUGGCAUCCCCUCCCAAACCUGGGCAGCAGGGGUCUGUGGUGGUGACCACCCCAGGGGAACCCCCCCUCAAACAGGAAGUCCUCAUCUCAGGAGCCCAGCAGGACACAGACAACACCAUAGAGGUCACUUCACCGAAAAAGGCGUCCGCGGAAAAGCCUGGAUGGAAAACUGGAGGAGACAUUGCAAAAACAGAGACGGAGAGUGACAGCCAGGCAGAAAAGGAGACACCGAAAGCCGCCGGCGAGACCAGGAGAAGAGGACCUGAAGAGGCUGUUGAGGUUGAGCCCAUGGGGCCUGUUCUGCCCCCCUCUUACCCAGGUAAGGGAGAAGAAGAGAAGAAGCGGAAGGAAGAUGUGAGGAAGAAGGAAGAAGAGCGGUGCAGGCAGAGGAAGAAGGCGAGCGACAGGAGGUCAUCCCCCUCCAGCGGCGACUCUUCAUCCUCCGACUCGGAUUCUGGAUCCUCUUCAUCACGUUCCUCUGGCUCCACCUCCUCCCGGGACAAAAAAAAGAAAUCUGUCCCAGGAAAAGGAAGAGGGCAUGAAAGGAGAAGACUGGAAAAAGGAGGAGAGAAGAAACAACCUUCCAGGGAGAAGAAGCAGUCUUCCCUGUCGGAGCCGUCCGGCCCUGGCCCUAUGGAGGUGGAGGAGAGGCCAGACCCAGAGGACUCCAGGGCCCCCCAGCCCACCCCCGAAGGGGACCCAGAGAACAGUGAGGGCCGCAUGGAGGAGAGCACCACUCCUAAAGCUUUGGCCACACGCAGCAUCUCUUUAACCAGCAGUAAGACGUCUCCAGAGGGACCAGGAGAGGCAGAGUCUGGGACCGCCGCUGGGAGGAAGAGGAGGUGGGGAUCCAGCACGGCCGUCACCACCAAGAAACCGUCCAUCAGCAUCACCACCGACUCUCUGAAGUCUCUGAUCCCAGACAUCAAGCCCAGUCAGGAUGCUGUAAUGGAUCUCCACCCAGACGACAGCCAGCUGUCUGGGGACGAGGACACACCCACCACCAGGGAGGACCAGGGCCUGGACAAAGACCUGAAGAUCAGACGCACCGUCACACAGGUGGUCCCAGGUGAAAGCCAUGAGAAUGGCCAGGGAGAACGAGAGGAGGAAGAGGUGGAGAAUAAACAGGAGCGUGAGAGGACACACAAAGAGAAGAGAAAGAACAGCUACUCAGAAGAUACCAUGGUGUCUCAGUCGUCCACAACACACGAUGCCAAGAAAGUCACUCCCAGUGAUACUCUGGUGCGUCGCUCCAUCAGUCAGCAGAAGUCUGGUGUGUCUGUUACCAUCGACGAUCCGGUUCGCACAGACAAACUGCCCUCUCCGCCCAGAGGCAAAGUCUCCAACAUCGUCCACGUCUGUAACCUGGUGCGACCUUUCACCCUGGGCCAGCUGAAGGAGCUGCUGAACAGGACAGGCUCGGUGGUGGAGGAGGGCUUCUGGAUCGACAAGAUCAAAUCUCACUGCUACGUCACUUACUCCAGCACAGAGGAGGCUGUGGCCACACGAGCUGCUCUUCACGGGGUGAAGUGGCCCCAGAGCAACCCUAAGGUCCUCACUGUGGACUUCUGUGAGCAGAACGAGCUGGACUUCCACAGAGGUCUGCUGACCGUGGACCCCAGAGAGGAGCACCGGCCCCAGCCUGCCGUGGGUCCUGGAGGUCCCAAAGUCCGACCGGGGGGGCUGCCCCCUCUGAUGCCUGAACGGGACGGGCGCGCGGACCGCGGGGCUGUCGGAGGGGUGCGGGACCAGUGGGCGGAGAGAGAGAGGGAGAUGGAACGCCGGGAGAGGACCAGGGCGGAACGCGAGUGGGACCGGGACAAGGUGCGAGACUUCGGAGGCAAACCAGGAGAGGAGAGGGAGAGAGGGAGGAGAUCUCGCUCCCUGGAAAGAGAGAGGAGGCGAAAGGAGAGGGAAGGGAAGGAGAAGAAGACCGACAAAAAGGAUGAGCCUCCUGUCAAACUACUAGACGACCUCUUCAAUAAGACCAAAGCAGCUCCCUGUAUAUACUGGCUUCCCCUCACUGAGGAACAGGCAAACCAGAGGGGGAAGGAACGGGAAGAGCGACAGAAAGAACGCGAGAGGAGGCGGAAAGAACAGCAGGAGGAGGAGGACAAGAAGCGAGAGGAGGAGAGGAAGGAGAGAAUGAAAAGUAGAGAGGAGGGAGGAGCUGCGGUUAGCACUGGAGGUGGGAGUGUCCGGGGAUCUGAGGGAGACAGGGACAGAGAGGGGGAGCGAGGGAGGGACAGAGAGGGGGAGCGAGGGAGGGACAGAGAGGGGGAGCGAGGGAGGGACAGAGAGGGGGAGCGAGGGAGGGACAGAGAGGGGGAGCGAGGGAGGGACAGAGAGGGGGAGCGAGGGAGGGACGGGGACAAGAGGAAGGACAUUGGUGCUUUCAAACCCAAAGGUCCCGAUGCUAAACCCUUGUCGGGGUUCCGACGCUCCCGUAGCCGUAGCAACCUCCGAGACAGACGCCGCUGAGCGGGGUCAGUGACGGAGAGGGAGAGACGGAGGCAGGGAGGGAGAAAAAAGGAAGGAUGCAAUCAUGCGACACACAAUUGGAACACCACAGAGGGAGAGCUAGUCCCCUUCCUUUCACCUUAAAACACUUCCAUUAUCUUCAUGGUAAUAGUCUAUUCCUCCUUACCAGUCAACUGUCCUUUAGGCCAGGGAGACUCCAGAUUAGAAAAGCUUCACUCUGUAAUGCUGUGUGUCUCGCAUUUAAAUGUAUGAACUACCUGGUCACAUGUUGAUUGUUAGUGAAGUGAAAAUGGCUGCCUCCUAAAUGGUACCCUAUUUCCUGUAUGCAGGCCCUCGUUGACGGUAUUGUACUGUGUAGGGAAUGGAUAUGGUGCCAUUUCAGACAUUCUCUCUUCCUCUGUCGUCAGGCUGUCUGCCCACGUAUUGGGUGUAUGUAGGUCUUUCUCAUACGAAGCAGUUGAGAGGCCUAUGCUGAGCUCUGUAAAUAGUCCUACAUUUUAACCAGAGAUGGAAACUAAGGGUGGCGGUUUGGCUCCCUCUAGCUUAUGUGCGCUGCACUCUUGAGGCUUGGAACGAAGUAAUAAUCAAUUUAAAAAUAGCAGACCAGCCUACAAACAAUUUUACUAUUCCAAAAUCCUCUGAAGUAAUUUUUUUCUACUACCCUUUGUAGGGUCAUGUGAAGGUUAUAUUUUCUCCUUUGAUGUUUUAUGAUGAAUCUUGUUCAUCUCAGCCUUGGAUAGGUUUUGUGUUCUAGUGUGUGGUGGUCUGAUAUCCCUCUCCACACAAUAAGGUUACAGCUGGUGAUGUCAUCACACUAUGAAACUGUCAUUUUGCCUUGUCAGAUGGGUAGGGACAUUUGUGUGGGGUGGGGGACUGAUUUCAUAGACGCACACUUGGCAUGUAUACCGUUAUGGGUAGUUUGGGUGGGGAGGGGAACUAAAAGCACUGAGAGAAUUUGUGUGGCACUGGAAUGACAUUUAAAACUGUCCCAUUUGUCUUUCUACUUCAGUCAUUGGAUGAGAGUAAAACUUAAUUAUCUACGGUUUUAAUAAUUUUAGUUUGAAACAUUUAUUUGGCUCAUUUGUUUGUCUCCUGUAAGUGCUGAAUGUACAAAUUAAAAUAUAUGCAAAGUUAA